AUGCAUUCAACGGCAGCCAUCGUGCUGGUGGGCGUAUUUGGCGCCCUGAGCGAGGCGUUAAUGCUUUUGCGCCUGGUAAUGCGGAGGUGUCGCGGUCAACAUUUGAUUCUCAGUGAUUAUCUCACUAUCGCUUGCAUUAGUCUGGUCCUGGCCCGCUCUGCAUUCGCGACAGUCAUCUUGGUCUGGGGAAACAACCAUAUGGAUCGGCAUGUUGCAGAUCUGAGCUCGACUGAAAUCUACCGUCGCCAGGUCGGCAGUAAACUGACGGUAGUUAACCGUCUGGUAUACAAUGUCUAUCUUUGGCUGCAAAAGGCUGUAGUCUUACUUCUCUGCCAGCGAAUCCUCUCUGGUCUUCCGUGGCCUGAACGGAUGGUUAGAGCAUGCUGGGCCUUGCUCGUUGCCAGCUUUGCUGCGGUCCAGAUCACUACCUUUACCGACUGUCGACCUCUGUAUCUUUACUGGCAAGUCAUGCCGGAUCCAGGUUCAUGUAUCGAAGCUCAUACUCAACUCGUCACUCUUAUUUCUAUGAACAUCUCGACCGACACAAUGUUAAUGAUCCUACCCAUGCCAUGGCUACUCAGGGUUAAAACAUCAUGGAUGCGCCGUCUGCAACUGGUCGGACUAUUUGCAAUCGGAUUACUUCUCAUUGCGAUAGCCAUCGUCCGCCUUCCAUCUUUUGAUGAUAACACAUCUCAACUGAACCGAAACACCUGGGGAUCCGUGGAGGAAUUCCUCGCGGCAUUCGUCGCCAAUGUGCCUACCUUAUAUACCCUGCGACGAAGAGUCGAAAAGAGCUAUCCCGCAUAUUACAGCCAUGGUGCGUCUGAGGGGAGGGUGGGGGGUUCACGGCCAUCUCCUUUCAAUGAGGGGAUAUUAGUCACGAAUAGUGUCCAGCUGGAGUAUAUGGUUGAUGGUCGACAGAAGUCGCAGGGCUCGGAUCACAACGUUAUAAGACAGGAUAGUGACGAGCACCUGGUGCGUGAUGAGCAAUGGCAGUGA